AUGGACCCUUUCUUUCUCCCCUUAUUGGGACUACACAUCAUACAACAACUUCAAUUUGAUGGAUUGAGACGUCGCGGCGGCCUUGCUAGGCUACCGGAGGCUCCGGAGGGCGCCUCGCUGGUCGCGCGGUCGGCCAUGGAGACCCUGCGCAAAGCGCUGAUCGCAGGCGCAGUGCUGGGCGCGGGGGCUGGCGUGGGCACCGCGCUCUUUGUCCUCGUGACCCCGGGAGAGCAGCAGAAGCAGGCGAUGCUGAAGGAGAUGCCGGAGCAGGACCCGCAGCGCAGGGACGAGGUGGCCAGGACCAAACAGCUACUUCUGGCCACUCUGCAGGAGGCAGCGGCCACGCAAGAGAACGUCGCCUGGAGAAAGAACUGGAUGAGUGGCGACGGCGGGAAGUCAGCCUAAGGCCAGACGUGCCCCCGUGCGCGCCGGGACCUCCGCUGCAGCGCAGGAGCCCGAUCCGGCCUUACUCCUCUGUGGGCCGGCGGGGAGUCCAGACACGCGCAGACCU